UAAAUUUUCAUUCAUUGGCGAAACUUGUGUUGAACCGGAUAUUAAUCGCAUGAGAAAAUGGCGUUCUUACAGUGGAGGAGAUUUAAUUUCUUUGACAAAGAACCUGUUAAAGACCCUGCUACAGAUCAGAUAUUUGAUCAACUUAAAGAUGUGAAUGUUUCAGCAUGUACAAGUGGGCGUGGUCAGUUGAUAGUUGGUGAUUUUGAAGGCAAUCUUUACUUUAUAAAUAGGCAAAUGGAACUGACAGCAUUUAGAGCUUAUGAGAUAAGAGUAACACAUCUACUCCAACUCAAGCAGCACAAUCUGCUCAUUUCUAUUGGUGAAGAUGAACCAGGUAUCAACCCUCUUAUUAAAGUCUGGAAUCUUGAAAAGAUGGAGCGUGGAAAUCCAGCUUGUACCCGUUUGACAAGAGCAAUUCCAGGGAAUAAACCAACUCCAGUAUCAGCUUUUACUGUUCAUGAAAAUUUAAAUUUUAUGGCUGUUGGCUUUGAAAAUGGUAUUGUUUUACUCUAUAAAGGGGAUGUUACAAGAGAAAGGCACAGUAAGUCUCGCAUUGUUUAUGAAGGUAAUAAAUGUGUUACUGGAUUAGCUUUCAAAACACAGGGGAAACAGGAUUUGUUUCUAUUUGUUGUUACCGAAAAUUCAACAGUUGCCAUAAAUUUAACAGCAAAGGAUCAACAGACACUUCUUGAGAAUACUGGUGCAAGCAUUGGUUGUAUAACGAUGAGUGAUGCUAGUCAAGAUAACCAGCUAGUCAUUGGAAGACAGGAUGCAGUUUAUUUUUAUCAACCUGAUGGACGUGGUCCAUGUUUAGCAUUUGAAGGACUAAAGCUUCAACUUCACUGGUUUCGUGGCUAUCUUAUUAUUGUUGGUAGAGAAAGUAAAACUUUACCUAGAGCUCCUGUGCUUGGACCUCAUGGUAUGGAAAUGAACACAGUCACUGUGUAUGAUAUUCAGAACAAGUUUAUUGCUUAUUCAGCUCCUUACCCACAAGUCAUUGAUGUGUUAUGUGAAUCAGGUUCCAUUUUUAUAUUUACUGGAGACAGAAAGCUUUACCAGCUUCAAGAAAAAGAUACACAAAGUAAAUUAGAAAUGCUGUUUAAAAAAAAUAACUACGCUUUGGCUAUAAGCCUAGCAAAAAGUCAACAGUUAGAUCAAGAUGGUUUGAUUGAUAUUUUCACACAGUAUGGUGACCAUUUGUAUAGCAAGGGAGAUCAUGAUGGGGCUAUAGAUCAAUAUAUCAAAACUAUUGGAAAACUGGAAGCAUCUUAUGUAAUACGAAAGUUCUUGGAUGCCCAGCGUAUUCACAAUUUAACCAAAUACCUCCAAGCCCUUCAUAUGUCUCAAACUGCUACAGAGGAACACACAACCCUUCUUCUCAACUGUUAUACUAAACUGAAAGACGUUUCCAAGCUUGACGAAUUUAUCAUGACAAAGAAUAGAGCUGUUGACUUUGAUGUAGAGACAGCUAUCAAUGUGUGUCGUCAGUCUGGUUAUUGUGCUCAUGCCUUAGCACUAGCAGAGAAACACAGAAAGCAUGAGCAUUAUCUCAAAAUACAAAUAGAAGAUAUCAAAGAUUAUCAAAAGGCACUACAGUAUAUUGGCAAGCUAGACUUUGAAUCAGCAGAGAGCAACUUGAAACAAUAUGGUAAAGUUUUGAUGAAUGAAGUUCCUAAACAAACAACAGAACUGCUUAAAAGACUUUGUACUGAUUAUAAACCUACAGACAAACCUCUCAUUGAUCAAAAUAGUUUGGAUGGUACUCUUCCUUCAAAGAUCCAGAAAGCCAAUGCUGAAGAGUUUAUUCACAUUUUUGUGAAUAAUUCUUCCAAGUUGACGGAAUUUUUGGAACACAUGAUUGAAGUUCAGCCCAAUUCUUCCAACUUGGUUUACAAUACUUUAUUAGAGCUAUAUCUUCAUGAUAUGGUGCAUGAAAAAGAUAUCUCUACAAGAGUUGACAGAGAGAGAAAAACUCUGGACUUGUUAAAAAACCCAGAUGCCAAUUAUGACAUUGACCAGGCAUUGAUUCUGUGUCAGAUGAACAACUUUAAAGCUGGAAUACUUUAUCUGUAUGAGAAGGCACAUUUAUAUCAACAAAUCCUAAGGUAUCACAUGGAGCAUUUAGAACAUCUUCAUGUCAUUGAGACCUGCAAGAAGUUUGGCCAACAAGAUCCCCAGUUGUGGAUUCAAGCACUGUCUUAUUUUGCCUGUAAAGAAGAGUACUGUAAGUCUCAGUUGAUGGAGGUUUUAUCUCAUAUUGAUAAGAAAAACUUACUCCCUCCUUUAAUGGUCAUUCAGAUUUUGGCUCACCACUCUACUGCUACACUCUCUGUUGUUAAGGAUUAUAUUGUACGCCACUUACAGUUAGAAAAUGAUCAAAUUGCAGAAGAUGAAAGAUUGAUCAAACAAUAUAGAGAAGAUACAGAGAAGAAACGCACAAAAAUUGAGGAACUAAAGACCUCAGCAAAAGUUUUUCAAGCAUCCAAGUGCAAUAUUUGUAGUCACUCUUUAGAAUUACCAUCAGUUCAUUUCCUUUGUGAGCCUCAUUCUUACCAUCAACAUUGUUUUGAAAGCUAUGCUGAAAAUGAUAUGGAAUGUCCAGUCUGUGCUCCAGAGAACAGAAAAAUCAUGGAUAUUAUAAGAGCCCAGGAACAAUCUAAAGACAUUCAUGAAUUUUUUCACAAUCAGCUGGAAAGAGCCCCUGAUGGAUUCUCAGUAGUUGCAGACUACUUUGGUCGAGGUGUAUUUAACAAGGUGACAUUGAUCACAGACCAACACAGUAAGACAAGCAACGCCAGCACUAGAUAAAAGAAUUAUAUUAUUGUAUGAAAGGUUAUUUAUUCAAUAUUGUCCUUGUGUAAUCACAACUAAUGAUGUUAAUGUCACAUUUUUCUCUUUCUCUAAAGUAAGAUCAAAGAGCUACCUUUAUUUAUCUGUGACAGUAAAAGUCAUUACAAGCCUGGGAUUAUUAUCAAAGUUGUACACUUCUAAAAUAGUUACUAAGUUAAUAAAGUAUAAGCACAUCAAUACUGAUGUCCUGUGUUACAUAUUACUAACAAUCAGGAUAAAAAACAUGAAAAUCCAAGCAAACAAAUUGUCUUUUCUGUUUGCUUUUUCUCUUUGCCACACAGCUUACAAUUCAAAACCUCGAGAUUUUUAUUUUAUUGUCAUGAAUGCCUCAGACGUUUGUCUGGAAACCAAUCAUUGUUUCAUUGAAUUUAUUUUCACUUUGUUGAUUAGAAACCACUGGUGAUAAAUUUAUUUAAGAUGUUUUGUUAAAUUUCUGUGAUUUGUUGCAACAUGCCUUUCAGAUGAACAGGCACUAGAACUUUUGGGAAAGCAAAUAAAAAGUAUCUUUUUGGUAUAGUAGGGUUAGUCACUAGAGAAACAGUUCAUGGAGACCCUAUCUUGGAGAGGAAAAUCUCAUUGAAUGAAUUCAAAUUCAAAGUAAAGAACUAUUGGUUAUGAAUACAAGUUUAUACAAACUAGUUGUAUUGCUAUUUCAAAUGUACUGGUUAUACAUUUCAGUCUUAACAAUGUACUUUUAAAUGGAACCUAGUCUUAGAUUAAGAAUCUAUAAUAUAAAGCAGAAAGUAAUGCUUAUGUAUGUAUGUAUGUAUGUCCCCACAUAGAAAUCAAAACCGUUUCACCAAUAUUGAUAAAACUUGGCAGAAAUGUUCCUUGGGUACCAACUUAGACCGUUGUGUAUGUAUUGUAGCCCUAGAACAAACUUAAGACCCUCAAAAAAACAAAAAGGUUGACUAGCUCUAUGAAAGCAUUAUAACUUCAUCGAUCUAGGCCAUGUUUACAUGAGAAAAGAUUGAAAGGAUCUAGAUCUAAUGUUAAGAACUACACUUUGCACAGAUAGUUUUUUACUUUGACACAUGAAAAUACAAAAUAUAGUCCAUUGAUUUCAUUAUUUAAUAAAGUUAACCUUCAAAUUUGUGUUUCAAAUCAUUUUUUACAUAAAUUCAUUCCUUAUUUCUGCGAAUGUUUGCUUAAAAAAUUAAAAUAUUUCGGCAUUAAUGGUCCACUGCAUCAGUGGAUUAAGGACUUUCUGAUAGGGAGAGAACAAACUGUAAUAAUAAAUGGCUCUAAAUCAACACCGAUAACAGUAAACUCAGGUGGGAACAGUCUUGGGUCCACUACUAUUUUUAAUUUACAUAAAUGAUUUACCAAAUUGCAUUACUUCAGGAACAAAAGUCAGAUUAUUUGCAGACGAUUGCAUAAUAUAUAGAACAAUAAAAACAACACAAGACACAGAUAUUUUACAAAGAGAAUUAGAUGAAUUACAGAAAUGGGAAUCAAAUUGGAGCAUGUCUUUCCACCCAGAAAAAUGUCAGUUGUUAAGAGUAACAAAAAAACUAAAACAAAUUAAUUCCACUUAUCUUAUUCAUGGCAAACCAGUAACACAGACUAAAAACGCAAAAUACCUAGGUGUUAUAAUAAAUGAAAAACUGUCAUGGAAACCACAUAUUGAUGAAACUACAAUAAAAUCAAACAAAGCAUUAGGAUUUAUUAAAAGAAAUUUCUAUAAAUCAAAUAAGAACAUAAAACUAAAAUGUUAUUUAACUUUGGUUAGGCCAAUAAUAGAAUAUGCAUCCUCCGUCUGGGACCCCUCAACUCAAGAAAACAUUAAGAAACUAGAACAGACACAAAAUAGAGCAGUGCGAUUCAUAACAAACGAAUAUUCACAUUUGACUAGAGUAACACCUUUAGUAAAAUCACUAAAUUUAGAAAGCCUUCAGGACAAAAGGCUCAAAAGUAAAGUAGCAAUCAUACAUAAAACACUGAACCAUAAUCUUCAAAUACAAAAACAAAAUUUAAUAAAAUACUCUGAAAGACACAAAGAUAAAGGCACAUUCCUCGUCCCAUAUGCUAGGACAAAUUUGUACAAAUACUCCUUCUUCCCUAGUGCUAUUAGAGCAUGGAAUGGGUUGCCUGAGCUAGCCAGGAAAACCAGUGACUUGGCAGAAUUUAAGUCAUUGGUUAAUAUGCAUGACUAAAUGCAUGACGCGUAGGACGUAAUCAUCUUCUUUUUUGAAGUAACGUCUGUAUUAUAUAAGUUAAGAUAAGAAUGUAGAAUUCCUGAUGAGCAUUCUUUCAUUAGACAAUACUGUAAUGUUACAGUUACACAUCUUUCUAUUCCUAGGUCUAAAAUGCUAAUUCAACUCUAAGGUGUUAUAACUUUUCUUCGCAAAUAUAGUUUUAUACUUUAACACAUGAACAUACUAAUUAUAGUCCAUUCAUUUCAUAUUUUAAUCAAAUUAACAUUCAAAUUCAAAAGCAUUUUUCAUGCCUUUGUUCGCUAAAGCUGCAAAGCCGUGUUAAGAUAUAUUCUAAUAGUUUCAUUCAUUUGCGUACAUCUAAUUAAAAAGAUCACGCAUGCGCACGUGCAAAAUGAACUCUAUCCAAGCCAAUAUUUAACUCUACUAUCUCUAGAUUACUCUAGAUCUAGAUCUAUGUCUAACUUAAGAUCUACUUUAUUCUCUAACACAUGAACAUACAAAAUUAAGUCUAUUCAUUUAAUUUUAAUCAAAUAUAUGUAGGCCUACAAGCAAAUGUUUUUAUUUGAAGAAAUGGAUUUAAGCUAUUUUGAUACCAUUCAUACUAUUUUACAUUUACGCAUUCGCUUUACUUAUAACAUUAUUAUUUCGUUUAAUUGUUUGUGACUCAUUGACAGUUAAACGCAAACAAAAAACCAGCGGACCGCUGGUAAUAUAUGUCUAGUAAUGAUAUGAGUGAAAUAAAAUGUGUCACUUUAAGAGCUAAUUUGUUGUUGCUAGAAUUGAUUUGCAUAAAUGAAUGUACAUAGAUGUAAAUAAUGCUGCAAGUAAAAUGAAUUGUGCUUUGUACUUCAAUAUGGUAUGUGCAAGUUACUUAGAGCAUUGUUUUGAUCAUUCCAAUAAAAGAAAUGAAAUUACAAACUGAA